ACAGGAGGAGGGACAGAGGGAUGGUGAAGGCUGCACAAAGGAAUUCCUCACCCCAAGCCCCCGACUGCAGGCGAGUGAAGAAGGAGAUCAGCUCUCCCUCCCACUUGCUUCCCAAGAUGGCUGGGCUCAAGCCAUAGAGCAGCUGCAGUCCUUCGGACCGGACCUACACAUCUUCCUGUAGGUGGCAACAGUGACACCUGUUUGAGCAGCGAGGUUAAGCCAAGGACUGGAAGAGGGAGGAGGCAGACCACUCGCAGAGGAGCUGAGAAGCAGAGCUGCGCUGGCUGAGCAAAGGGAGCUCCUGAAGAGAGGUGAGACCCUGGAAGGCAGUCUGGGAUGCAGGCAGAAGAUCGCGGGAAAGCAAGAGGCUUUCACCAUGGCCGAGACGUCCGGCUGCUGCUCCGUCUGGGCCCGCUGCCUCCACUGCCUGUAUAGCUGCCACUGGAGGAAAUGCCCCAAACAGAGGGGGCACACAAGCAAGUGUGACUGUAUCUGGUUCGGCCUGCUGUUCUUCACCUUCCUCCUCUCCCUGGGCUGGCUGUACAUUGGGCUCAUCCUUCUCAAUGACCUGCACAACUUCAAUGAGUUCCUGUUCCGCCGCUGGGGACACUGGAUGGACUGGUCCCUGGCAUUCCUCCUGGUCAUCUCUCUACUAGUCACAUAUGCAUCCCUGCUAUUGCUCCUGGCCUUGCUUCUGCAGCUUUGUGGACAGCCUCUCCAUCUCCACAGUCUCCACAAGGUGCUGCUGCUUCUCAUCGUGCUGCUUGUGGUCACUGGCCUUGUGGGACUGGACAUCCAAUGGCGGCAGGAGUGGCAUAGUUUACAUCUGUCACUGCAGGCCACAGCCCCAUUUCUUCACAUUGGAGCAGUCACUGGAAUCACUCUCCUGUCCUGGCCUGUGGCUGAUACCUUCUACCGUAUCCACCCAAGAGGUCCCAAGAUUCUGUUACUGUGCAUAUUUUUUGGAGUCACCAUGGUCAUCUACCUGGCUCCCCUAUGCAUCUCCUCACCAUGCAUCAUGGAACUAAGAAACUUACCCCCUAAGCCUUGGCUCAUGGGACACAGAGGGGCCCCCAUGCUGGCCCCCGAGAACACUCUGAUGUCCCUGCGGAAGACAGCUGAAUGUGGAGCUGCUGUGUUUGAGACAGAUGUUAUGGUCAGCUCCGAUGGGGUCCCCUUCCUUAUGCAUGACGAGCAGCUGAGCAGGACCACAAACAUAGCCUCGGUGUUUCCAGCCCGAACCACAGCCCACAGCAGUGACUUCUCCUGGGCUGAACUGCAGAGACUCAAUGCUGGAUCCUGGUUCCUAGAGAGGAAACCUUUCUGGGUGGCCAAAGAGCUGUCAGGUACUGAUCGGAAGGAGGCUGAGAAUCAGACAGUACCAGCAUUAGAAGAGCUACUGAAGGAAGCAGCCACCCUGAACCUUUCCAUCAUGUUUGAUUUACGUCGACCCCCAAGAAACCACACAUACUAUGAAACUUUUGUGAAACAGACACUGGAAACUGUGCUGAAUGCAAGCGUGCCUCAAGCCAUGGUCCUUUGGCUACCUGAUGAAGACAGAGCUAAAGUCCAACAACGGGCACCCAAUAUGCGUCAAAUAUAUGGACAGCAGAGAGGCAAUGGGACUGAAAAGCCCCAGUUUCUCAACCUUCCUUACCAAGACCUGCCACUAUUGGAUAUCAAAGCGCUGCACCAGGAUAAUGUCUCAGUGAACCUAUUUGUAGUGAACAAACCCUGGCUCUUCUCCCUGCUCUGGUGUGCAGGGGUGGAUUCGGUCACCACAAAUGAUUGCCAGCUGCUGCAGCAGAUGAGUUCCCCCAUCUGGCUUAUUCCCCCCCAAACAUACUUGAUGAUGUGGGUCAUUGCCGAUUUUGUUUCUAUCCUGCUGCUUUUGUGGACUUUCCUCCUCCGAGGGAGAUGUGCUAAGGAGAGAGGGAAAACUGGAUUAGAAACAGCAGUGCUGCUGACCAGGAUCAACAAGUUCAGCACUGAGUGAAUGCUAUGCCCUGACACCCACUGGCUGUAGUCUAAACACCGUCUGUAUUGAUCAAAAGGAAGGAAGGGAGCUGAAGUGGUGGGUGAGGGGUAGGGGAGGGUCUUUUCCAACAGGUUUCAAACCAGAAAGGGUCUCUGUCUAGAUAGGGAGCAUGUCUUAAAAUGCCUUAGAAUCUGCUGCUGCCUUUGGGGUAUUGACAUGAAAUAGUUGGGAAAACCACAAGUAGCCGGAAGUUGCUCCCAAAUUGAAAUUAGAAUGAGGAAGUAAAAGAUCACCAAGAUAAUGCCUUCCAGUUUGUGCCACAGAAGACACGUGGUGUCAGUGGAAUAGCUUGAACAGUGACUGCAAUAACAAAAUGACCAUUCCUAGAGGACUCUUAAGAUGUCCAAGACAACGAUCCCCACUCCAUGCCAUGUCCUCUCUGACCCUUGCAAUUUAACUGUUUUCCUGCCUAGAGGUGGAAAGCUAAAGAACCUAUUUAGCCAUGUAAUUCUGUGCCUAUGGGUGGCUUCAUGUGCACAGUGAAUGGUUGUUUUAUCUUGUCUGUUAAUCUGUUGUCCAAUGAAUUUAAUUGUCAUUUA